CUCACUGGCAGAAUUUCACCACCACAGCCCAUCACGCGUCGCAUUGGUGUUGCGCGUGCAAACAAGAGAGCUUGUCGCAUGACCAAGAACUUCGAGAUAUGUCUGUCAAGUACAAUCUCGAGCCGCCUCCGACCGCCAAAGUCAUCCUCCACACUACCUUUGGUGACCUCGAACUGGAACUGUUCGCAAAACAGACUCCCAUUACCUCGCGCAACUUCCUGCAGCUGUGUCUCGAUGGCUACUAUGACAACACCGUCUUCCAUCGCCUCGUGAAGGGCUUCAUCCUCCAAGGUGGCGACCCUACCGGUACUGGCCAGGGUGGAGAGAGCAGUUACAAUGGCGACCCAUUCGCGGACGAGUUCAACAGCCGGCUCAAGUACACUCGACGAGGCCUGUUGGGUAUGGCGAACACAGGGAAGAAAGAUGACAAUGGUAGCCAGUUCUUCUUUACUCUUGCCAGCACUCCUGAGUUGGAGGGCCGGAAUACCUUGUUCGGGCGGGUAGCAGGUGAUACCAUUUUCAAUCUCUUGAAGAUGGCCGAUGCAGAGCUGGCAGAGGGAAGCGACGAAAGACCAAUGUAUCCCACCAGAAUCACGGGUGCGGAGAUCAUCAUAAACCCCUUUGAAGAUAUGGUGAAGAGGAACAACGUACAGCUGUCCACGGAGGCUGAGGUCAAAAAGCCCAAGAAGUCAAAGAGAAAAGCAGGCAAAGCGCUAUUAAGUUUCGCUGGAGACGAAGGAGACGAAGGCGAUGUGGCGCCCGUGAACAAAAAAGCAAAAUACAACACGAAACUCGUCAGCGCAGGUGAUCAGUUGCUUUCCACGCCGGAUAACGCGCAGGUUUCCAAAGUACCCAGGGAAGAGAAAGCAAUGCCCAUUCUCUCCACCUCAAUCGCCACCGCGGGCUGUCUCGCCUCCGCCCCGCCUGAAGGAAGCCUCACCUGAG